AUAAGUAAAAAUAAACAAUCAAUUUCAACGGACGAUAAUCAAUCCUCCACGUGGAUGCCAUUAAUUACCAAACCCAUCCUUCAAGAUUUUUGUUGUUGGAGAUACAAACAAAUCUUGAUUGACAGUAAUCAUUGAAGAACCCAAGAUACAGUGAAGAAGCAUUUCAUAGAGAAGAUGCCUCGAAGUGUAUUAUCAGGGUCGAUCAAUUCUCCGAAGGUGGACCUCAUUGUGGACUUGGGAAAUCCCUUUCUCAAUCUAACUUUUGAUGGUUUUUUGAAGAUUGGCACUGUUGCUGCAGCAAGAGUAGCUGCGGAGGAAGCAUAUUACGUUGUCAAACGAGGGAGUCUUUCACACCACAACUUCGAGCAGACGGUGAGAAAUUUAUUGUGUGAAAUCUGUUCAUUCCAUAGGGUUAUGUUCUUGUUGAGAGAAUACUACAAGUCACAUUAUGUGGCUCCAAGGUCCAAGCAUUUCUGCAUAGUGCUGGUUGUAAGAUUAACAAAUGUUUAUUUUCGACUGAUUGAUUACUCAAUCAUUUUGCAGAAGAAUGCCAUGUUAGGGGGUGCAUUGACGGGGGCUGUCAUAUCAGCAGCCAGCAACAAUGGUCGAGACAAGAUUGUAACGGAUGCCAUAGCUGGAGGUGCCAUUGCAACUGCUGCAGAGUUCCUCAAUUACCUGACCUGAACAGAGGGUAGCUAUCGCCUGCUUCUUGGGUACUUGCAAUGAAGCUGUCGUACUUCUCUGGUAACCACAAGCUCGAAUAUUAUGAUGUUUCUUGGACUUUGUUUGAUAUUUGCAAAUAAAUAUGAUAUUUCUUCGACUCAGCUUUCUUUAGGGCAUACCUACUUGAAGUUGAUGUGCAAUGCAUAGUUCCUUGUAAGAUUAUAUGAGCAUUUUGCUCGCAUGAUAUUUGUGCCUAGUACUGCGUGUUAUAGUUUUUCAUCUAUUUCUCAAGGAUCGAAUGCAUGUAUAGCUUGCUGUC